GGGAGAGCGCCUGCCUGGCUUGUGUGUGCCGUGCAUGCGACUCUAGCAGUCCAUGUGCUUGCUCUCUGUAUGGAUGUUGAUGUUGCACUGAAUAGCUUGAACCUCGGCAAGCAGGCAAGAUGUCCAGCACACCUCACGACCCAUUCUAUUCGUCUCCUUUCGGACCUUUCUACAGGAGACACACGCCGUACAUGGUGCAGCCCGAGUAUCGGAUCUAUGAGAUGAACAAGAGGCUGCAGUCGCGCACAGAGGAAAGCGACAACCUCUGGUGGGAUGCAUUUGCCACAGAGUUUUUUGAAGAUGAUGCAACGUUAACACUUUCAUUCUGCUUAGAAGAUGGACCAAAGAGAUACACUAUUGGAAGAACACUCAUCCCUCGAUAUUUCAGCACUGUCUUUGAAGGAGGUGUUACAGAUCUGCAUUACAUUCUGAAACACUCCAAGGAAUCAUUCCACAACUCAUCAAUCACAGUGGACUGUGAUCAAUGCACCAUGGUCACCCAGCAUGGAAAGCCAAUGUUUACAAAGGUUUGCACUGAAGGACGGCUGAUUCUGGAGUUCACAUUUGAUGAUCUCAUGAGGAUUAAGACAUGGCACUUUACAAUAAGACAAUACAGGGAACUGGUUCCGCGCAGUAUAUUAGCAAUGCAUGCACAAGAUCCUCAGGUGCUGGAGCAACUAUCCAAAAACAUCACCCGAAUGGGUUUGACCAGCUUCACGCUUAACUACCUCAGGUUGUGUGUAAUAUUGGAGCCAAUGCAGGAACUCAUGUCAAGACACAAAACAUACAACCUAAGUCCGAGGGAUUGUCUCAAAACGUGCUUGUUCCAAAAAUGGCAAAGGAUGGUGGCGCCACCAGCAGGACACCCACAGAACUUCAAAACGGAAAUUUUCACAACAAAUCAGAAAAAAGCUGAACCCACAAGACAGACAACAACAAAGAGAAGGAAAAGGAAAAACUCGGCUAGCAGCGCCUCUAACAGCAGCUUGGGGAACAACAUCAACAGCAACAGCAAGAAAAAAAGUCCUGCCAGCAACUUCAGCCUGUCCAGUCAGGUACCUGAUGUGAUGGUGGUCGGAGAGCCCACUCUAAUGGGUGGGGAGUUUGGAGAUGAGGAUGAGCGUCUCAUCACGAGGCUGGAGAACACACAGUAUGAUGCGGCCAAUGGCAUUGAUGAUGAAGAAGAUUUCAAUAACUCUCCAGCACUUGGUAACAAUAGCCCAUGGAACAGCAAACCUCCAAAUAACCAGGAUUCCAAGUCGGAAAACACAGCCCCGCAGCCAUCUCAAUAAAGCGGCAUGGAAAUGAGAGGAAUCUGGCUGCUCUUCGCAUUGUGCAGUUGCUCUCGCUACAUUCUGUACUCUGUGGGUAUGAAGUCAGCACUGUACUCUAUUCUGAUAUCGAGGUGUAGGAAUUCUGUGUUACUUGUAACACUGGAGAUAAACUUGGGAUUGCAAUAUGAAACACAUGUUAUAAAUACACAUUUUUACAUACACAGAAAGAAUUUUGUGACUCUUAGCAGGAACAGUGAAGACUUUUUUUAUCAUACUAUAAAUACAGUAUAUAUAAUAUAUAAAGAAAAAAUAUACAUAUACAUAUAUAUAUACUGUCAAAAAGAUGAAGGUUACAUGUAUAGUAAGAGCCAGCAGCGGCACUACCAGAUCUUUUUGAAUAUGGCUACUUGAAUUCUCCUACUACCCCAUUGUGUUGAACAUUUGUGCAAAAACUAUUUUUACUUUUUAGUUGCAAAUGAGACAAAUACAAAAAUUAGGCUGUGCAGUAAUGGCAGCAUCCAAAUGUCUUUCCUGCUGGAAUUUUCUUACCUCUGGCAAACACAACAAAGUUGGACUAUCGUGGGUUUUUUUUGUUUGUUUUUUUCUUAAGUUUAUAUCAAAUUGUAACAGAGAUUUACCCGCCUUUAGGCCAUCAUAAAAUCACCACUUUUUUGGUCCAUUUUUGUUUCCUUUCGUAAGAAUUCACUCUGACCGCACAUGAAAUUAUGUCCAUUUUUCUCAAGGGCAGUGUUAGAUACCAGAUGGCAUUUAUGAAGAUCUAAAGGUUUGAAACCGUGCACUCCCUUAUUUGACUUUAUUGUGAAUCAAGUGGCUUCACAACACUUUUAUUAAAGUCAGGACAUAUUACGUCUAAAUGCAUUCAGUGCAUCUUCUUCUGAACUUGUAUUAUAUAAAGACCUACACUAACAGUUAUUUUAUUUUCUCUUGCAGUGUUUUGUAUUUUCGUAUGUAUAAUCGGUUUGUUCUGUUCAAAGCCAUCCCAACAUGACAAAUCAUUUGUUUUUACAAUUUUUGCUUUCAGCAGAAUGACCAACCUGAGGAUUUCAAGAAAAUCUUUUUUCCCUGCCGAGUUUCUUAAAUGUUUUCCUCAAAAGUGUCCAUGUCUGAUUUUGAACUUUAUUGAACCACCUUUGUGAAAGUUCCAUUAUCUUGUUGUCCUAAACUGCUGUAACUAUUGCUUGGUUUUUAUCUUUUACUUUCUAAAUAUAAAGCCGCAUGAAUACCAAUAACACUAUGGCGUCUAAACACCUCUUCUGGCUUGCAUACAGCAGGUCUGUGAGAAACGUCUCAGUAGAAAACAGUACCCAUGUAGUAAGAAAACACCAGCCAGAUGAAGACUGUGUGAAAAGGAAGUGUGAAUGUCCGCAUUGUAGACACGUUGAAUUAGGGAUCUCAAUCAGUAAUGCAUUUCUUGCUCGUAGUUUAUUGACAGUUAUUACUAAUAUGUGUUCAGGGUUUUUUACCUAUUUUUUUUUAUUUAUACGGCCUCAGGCAGCAAGAGCCUAUCUAUCCUUGCAGAACUUGGGUGCUGCCCUGCCUAAGAUGUCAGUCCAUCAUUGGACACACCGAUGCUAAUUAAUCCUGGGCCGACAUACAUAGUGCUCACCUUUGGGACGUUAUUGUAUCUUGAGAAAACUCAUGCAGGCCGAGGGAAACCAUGUUAACAGUUUUAUAAGACUGUGAAGAAACAGUCACUUCAGGUAUGAGUCUUCCUGAAAAAAGAGAAAAAAUUGGUCCUAUUACUGAACUUUGAAAAUUCGGGUAUUGCCCAUUUCACAUUGAAGCGGAGUUUCACAUGAUUAAGAAUACAACAAAUGCAUGUGCAUGAAAGAACAAAACUUUCCAGAAAUACUGAAGACAAAGAGGAUGCCUGCAAAGUGUCUUUAAACCAAGGAUGACCCAUUAGAUUUGUAUCUGUUUUUAGCAGACUCCAUUAGCCCAUGUGAUGACAUACAAGAUCAGGAUACGUUCCGUUUAUUUUCAUAUCCGUGUUUGUACGAAGUGCACAGGCAGCUGAUUAGACUGAAACAUCCACAUGUUCUUUCACGUCCUACUGUAUGCCAUAGCCGCUUGGCCCAUUGUUUCAUGACAUUUCUGUCUGCUCUCAUGUACAUUUUACCAGCACAUAACACACGCCAGAGCACUAUCUCCUUGUAAAGACAUUUUAAUUGGCUGCGCUGGCAGCCUUUAUUACUGCGUUUUUCCAUUUAAGGUGAUACACAGACAUCUUUAGUUGUACAAUUUCCUACAUUUGGCAGUUUUGCAUUUGAAAUGCCAAGCCUUACUGAAAAUUGUAAUAUUUUUAUAAAUAGUAUAACAAGAUGCAAAGCACUGUACCAUUUUACGUGAAUUUAAUAAAUAUAUUAAGCCAGCGGAACAAAAUUUAUUUUAGUAUAAGAACAGAUAGAUGAGCAGAAUAAUAUUGCCCUCUUUUAACUAAUGUUUUGUUUUAAAACAUAUUAGGGUGUUUUUAAAACCUCUAAAAAUGUUUUUCUUAUGGUAGCGUUGAUUAAUGUAGUGUUUUGGGUUAGCACGUUUACCAGGAAACUUAAAGCAAAACUUGUUCUUUCUCGACUUUAGUAGGAUAAAGUUGACUUACAGUCACUGGCCUGGAUUUACACAUCAAAUACAAAACAAUGAAAUGGUGUCCCGUCCACUAUGAUGUGAGUCUGGUAUGUAUUAAUAUAAGAUUUAAAGCCAAACAUUUUUGUACAAUAAUAGAUGUUUAUCUUAUUAAACAUUCUAUGUUUAUUAUUAUAAUAAUGUUUCUGGGAUGUUUUUGUUUAACUAAAUUAAAUUAAAAUCAAAUCGAGCUCUAGAUUCUGUGUUAUUUGAAAGCAUUAUCUGAGACAAUGCAGAAAAAUAUCAGAAUUUGAAUUGCUUUCAUAUCCAUCUUCAAAGCCACUUGUCCUGAGCAGGGUUAUUAGAUAGCUGGAGCAGGGCCUCAGUCUGUCACAGGGUGAACACACACAAACACACACAGCAGGGAUCAGUUUAGCAUCACCAGUCCACCUAACCUGCAUGUCUUUGGACUGUGGGAGAAAACUGGACCGCCAAGAUAAUUAAUAAAACAAAAAUAUGCUGCAGACAGGACUCUCUUUGAUAUCCACUGUGGACAGGUGUAACACCAUUCAUGGACGUCAAGGAAGUGUUAGGUUGCCAGCAGGGCCAGCACUUUUAAUCCUAACACAAAUAAUAGUCAACAAAAAGUAUGCUUGAUGGAAUUAAUGGCAGAUAAACAAGACAAAAGCAAUCUUUGUGACUUAUUUUUUUUUUAAAAGUAACAGCUUAAUACAGCGUAUCCUCCUUGGGAGGUACAUUCUUGUGGCAGUUCAGGCCCAAAAUGAGACGCCACUUGUCUGGGCCAUCUGCUCCUUUAUAGGACUCUGGCCAGAAGGGGUGGAGUCAUUUGCCCUCAGUGGGCGUCUGCUUACAGCUGGAGGUGAAAAAAAAAAAAAAGACAACAGAGUUAGUGACAGCCCCCUUUGCCACCCCAGGAUGAGACCCCUCUCUCCACCAACCAGUGACUGUGAAAAUUACAAUAUGUAAAUAGUUUGGUCGCAAUGACAAGAAGGGUCAGCACCAAGAAACUGACGGUGAAUUUCAAAUGAAAUUGACAUUCUGCGGUGGGCUGGCGCCCUGCCUGGGGUUUGUUUCCUGCCUUGUGCCCUGUGUUGGCUGGGAUUGGCUCCUGCAGACCCCCGUGACCCUGUAGUUAGGAUAUAGUGGGUUGGAUAAUGGAUGGAUGGAUGGAUGGAUGGAAAUUGAUAUUGAUCAGACAGAUUUAGCAUGGGGGCACUAUAUUUUCACAGGAGACAAUUACAAUACAAACAAAGACCACGUGAUUUUUAAUUCCCAACAUUUACACGUGUGAGUGCAUAGGCAGCAGAUUACAGCAAACAGAACUUCACCCUGCACUGUGACAAUGAAAAGGCCGGUUGUGUCGGUCAAACCCAUAAAUCGUGGAGCACAUUGGUGUGGGCCUCGCUCCACUCAUGCUUCAUUUAGGUGACCUUACGUGUUUUCUGUCAGGUGUUGCUUGUCCAGUCGAUGAUUUACCUACAGUCAGGUCCAUACGGAUUUGGUCAAUGACACAAUUUUCACAGUUUUGGCUCUGCACUCCACCACAUGGAUUGAAACAAAGCAAUCAAGAUGUGUUUGACGUGUAGACAUUCAGCUUUAAUUUAACAAAAAUGUUGUAUGAGCUGUUUAGAUAAGACAGACAUUUUUAUACACGGUCUCCCAAUUUUCAGAGGCUCGAGCCCCUGAAUGCGCACAGACCUGACUGUACUUAUGCAAGGAAAUGAUUUGCACAAAACUCAAAGAAAACAUACAACACUAUGUCAAAUAAAAUAGUUUUGCCUUUUCAUUUGCUUUUUCAGUAUUUGUUGCAAAUUCUUUUGUAAAUGUUUUGCCUUUAUUUAAAUGAGUGUCUGACCAGAUACUUUUCUGCAGUGUAAUUUGGAUAUUGGGCAAAAUUUAAUGGUAGACAUUAUGAUAUUAGGGAGAUUGUUAGAGUGAGAAAUUCUCACCAGGUGCACACUAGUAUUGAAUAUAUCGCUAUUAAUUACCAUACAACACAGAGUUCUUUAAAAUGUAAUAAAAUUCUAUCUGCCUGUGUUUUCCUGGCCUGGACAUUUGGUCACCUUGCUCAACAGGCUCCAGUUGAGGUGCUCUGUUGUGCCCUAUGCACACCCCACUGAGUGGUGACAUUCGGGAUGGAUUUGUUGCUGUCAGCUUGAAGUUUCUGCUGUUCUCCAACCAUUUGGUAAAAAUGUCUCUUUAGAUUUCUGCUUAAAAUACCCUAUCCGCUGUGGUCAAAUAGCAUUUACUAUGUGAUCCAUCCAUUCAUCUCAUUCAUUUGUUAAGCCCAUGACAGAGUCAUGAAGACAAAGGCACUGUAUCAGGCAGCAGUGGUCACAAGACGAGGACCAGCAGUGAGCGGGAUGCCGGUGUAUUUUAGGGUAGACCGGUUUACACUAUGACGUAUCGUAGCUCUUACUAACAUAUUAUUAACUAACUUAAAUCCUUUCAUCCUUUUCACUUCAUAUGACAACAUUUCUUGCUGCGGGAGGGUAUUUAUAUGUCUUACCCCUUCCCUUUUUACUAUUUUGGCACUUGGCCUUUUGCUGGGUUCAGACAAACUGUUCCAGUAGCGUCAAACAAACAUGCAAAACACAAAAAUAUUUACUCUAUCGUUAUCUGUUUUCUUUUUUAUUUAUAUAAAGAACAAAUCACAUUAACAAAAUGCAAUCUGUUCAGAAACACAACAUGUUGAAAGACCAUGAAAUGCUUGAAACACAGCACAUCUAUAUAAAAAUAUAAAACAAAUAUAUAAAAAUGCUUGUUCAAACCUAUAAUAGAUGUGGAAACACAAGUAACACCUUUCACAAGAUCCCUAAAAGCCAGCCGACUCCAUGCAGUAAAGAGUAAAAUGCGUCUUAUCCUUCUAUACUGACUUUGAUGCUCCUAUCAGGCGAGGCCCAGGGGUGGAGCACAAGCUCACAUUCGACAGUUCAGCUCUUAGGGGGCCCUUCAUCCAGGGGGUCCAAAGUAACCAGCUCUUCAUGGCCUUAUUUAUAAAAAUCGGGGAUGAAAUGUUUUGUCAUUUUUUUUUAACAGCAUCCACCAAAGUAAAGAGAUUGAAAGGUCCCAGCAGUGGACCGAUGGGGCCAACAUCAGCCUGAGAACCCCAAGAUGUCACUGCCUUUAGUGACAUUCCCCAGGGGUCUGCAAUAUUAGUUCACAUUCAAAGCCAACCUGAAGGAGAAUCCCAAUUCUAUCAAAACGCACGGAAGCCCAUAAAGAAAAACAAGUAGGCCAUUCAGAGCAUAAUAAGAGCGCAAACAAUCGUGAGGACACAAAUGAGGCUCCGUAACUCUCACUUGACCGCUUCAAUCUGUCAGUUUUAUACAGAAUACAAGUAAGUCUUUGAGUAAAAUUAACAAGAACUGUCAUUUCAUCCCAUUAAUCGCUUUUACUUGUGCAUGUGGAACAAAAUUGGUUUGAUAUUUACAAGUCGACUGCUAGUCAGUUGAAUGCGUCGAUGGGGUUUUUUAAUUCUUUUUUUUCCCACUUAUAUCUGUUUAAAAUCUCCUGCUCAUCGCAAUCUUAUUAAAAAAACAUAACAGGUGGCAUGAGGUGUUUCAUCUCCCAAUUUUAAUUUGAAUCCCAUCUGACUGGUUGAUCCUAUUUAUUUCCUAAAAUAUUUCAUUUGAACCACACAAAGAAGAAAUUUGCAAAUGUGACCAGUAAAACAUGAAGCGCUGAUCAUGUCUCUUCUGACACUGCCGUUCACCACACAGCUAACACUACCUUCAGGAGGAAAGAGUGAGGCUUUCCAGACACCCUGCUUAUAAAAAUAAAUGUCAGAAAUGUAUUCAUAAUCGUGGAGGCGUGUACUUGAUAAAGCUGCAGUAAGCUCUGCGUGUCUUUGAGGGUCCACUGCGUAAGGUCUGUCG